UUAAGUACGAAAUGAAACGGAAGGAAACCGUGCGAUGCAGAGGGAAAUGGGCUAAGCCACUAAGCGCUCGUUCUUGCUGUCUCUCUGUGUUCUCUUCUGUCUGAAACUUGUAAUGACUCUUCCAUUCUCUCGUGUUUGAUACGUUUCUGGGAAAUUGUUUUUCUCCAGCAUUUCUCCAGUAGGUCGUUGGUUUCACUCAUCAUUUACGGCGUGGACUGGACAAUCCUAUUUUGCCUUGUCUUGAAUCCCUUUGCUUCUCGUGCCACCCCUGAUCCUUCUUCAUUCUCUUUUUCUUACACACGAUGGCCGGUGGUGGUGGAAACGGCGGUGGGGCGCCUAAGAGCGACGACUUUCAGCCGCAUCCGGUGAAGGAGCAGCUACCGGGAGUUGAUUAUUGCGUCACUAGCCCUCCUCGUUGGCCAGAAGCGAUCGUACUGGGCUUUCAGCAUUAUCUGGUGAUGCUUGGAACUAGUGUUAUCAUCCCCAGCAUCAUUGUUCCCCAAAUGGGCGGUGGCGCUAAGGAAAAAGCUGAAGUGAUACAGACCUUGCUCUUCGUGGCGGGAUUAAACACGCUAUUGCAGUCCUUCUUCGGGACUCGGCUUCCAACGGUUAUUGGCGGUUCUUACACAUUUGUUGUUCCCACAGUCGCAAUCGUCCUUGCCAAAAGAUAUAACACGAUAAUAGAUCCUCACCAGAGGUUCAAAUUGACAAUGAGAGGAGUACAGGGAGCCCUCAUAGCGGCUUCCAUUUUCCAGAUAGUUGUUGGUUUCCUUGGGUUCUGGAGAAAUAUUGUCAGGUUCCUAAGCCCUCUUGCUGCAGUCCCUAUUGUAACUCUUACUGCACUCGGGCUCUAUCAACUGGGUUUCCCCAAACUGGCAAAUUGUGUUGAAGUUGGGCUCCCAGCGCUUGUUUUGCUGGUUAUUUUCUCCCAGUACCUUCCUCCUCUAUUAACAGUAAAGAGGUUCAAAGGUGAUCGCUUUGCGGUGCUGUUCACAGUUGCAAUUGUAUGGGUUUAUGCACAUAUUCUCACUAAGGCUGGUGCAUAUAAUAAUAGACCACCAAACACCCAGGCUAGUUGCCGGACUGAUCGGUCUGGGCUCCUUGGUGCUGCUCCAUGGAUAAGGAUUCCAUACCCAUUUCAAUGGGGGGCACCAACUUUUCAAGCUGGAGAAGCUUUUGCCAUGAUGGCUGCUUCUUUUGCUGCUCUUAUCGAGUCUACGGGUACAUUAAUUGCAGUGUCAAGAUUUGCAAGUGCCACACCUGUGCCGCCUUCUGUCCUCAGUCGUGGUGUUGGGUGGCUGGGAAUAGGGAUUUUUCUGGAUGGGAUCUUUGGUACAGCAAAUGGUUCUACAGCAUCAGUUGAAAAUGCGGGUCUAUUGGCAUUAACAAAAGUAGGAAGCCGGAGGGUCAUUCAGAUUUCUGCAAUGUUUAUGCUUUUCUUUUCUAUACUGGGGAAAUUUGGAGCAGUACUUGCUUCUAUUCCAUGGCCAAUUGUGGCUGCUUUGUACUGUGUCUUAUUUGCUUAUGUGGCUUCUGCAGGUCUUGGUCUCCUUCAGUUCUGCAACCUCAACAGUUUCAGAACAAUGUUCAUACUAGGCUUCUCUUUCUUCAUGGGCCUUUCCGUGCCGGAAUACUUCAAUGAAUAUGUAGUGUUUUCUGGUCGUGGUCCUGUUCACACGCGUUCUAUAUGGUUCAACGACAUUAUGUAUGUGAUCUUCUCAUCCCACGCAACAGUGGCAGCAAUUGUUGCAUUCUUUCUGGACUUGACCCUCAAUCGUGGGGACCCCACAACACGAAGAGACAGCGGUGCACAUUGGUGGGAGAAGUAUAGGGUUUUCAAGGCUGAAAAUAGGAGUGAAGAAUUCUAUGCACUCCCAUACAACCUGAAUAAGUAUUUCCCAUCAUUUUAAUGCAAGUCCUUCCUUGCAUCUAGCUAGGAGUUUCAUCCAGAUCAUCAUGUCUACCCUUCCAAUGGCAAGUCAAGUCACAGUAAGGCAGAUCAGGGUAACUCAUUGGGUUAGUUUACCAAAAAAUAGACUGAUAUUACUAUUAUAGGGAAACAAUAUUUAUUUGAUCAAGUAAUGACUUCUACAUCUUGUGGAUUUUAUCAUUAUAUUUACUUGGGGGGAGGUUCCAUGACACCAUGACCCCGAAAGGCUUGGCAUCACACCCUUAAUGAGAACCAAGUGGCCUUGUUUGCAUUA